AUGGCCCUCCUGGCUCACACUGUGGCACUGCUGGCAAUGACUGUGGCCACGGUGGCCCUCAAGGUGGUGCCCCUGGACAUGGCCCGGGACUCCUUCGAUGACCAGUAUCGGGGCUGUGGCCAUGCCAUGACCACGGCGUUGCCGUCUCUGUACUACUUUGAGUCCCAGGUGAAUCCUCUCUUUGCCCAGACAUGGGUGAAGGCCGAGGCUGAGUGGCGCAAGAGGGGCUCCCCUGUCUCCCCUCUGGUGUCUCCAGCCCAGGCCAUCGCUCUCAUGGCCUACACAACGAAGGACAUUUACAAGGACUUCAACACGGCUGUGCGCGCGGCUGGGCGCUCCCACCAGGAAUAUCGGAACAACUUCCACUUCAAAACGCUGCAUUUCCUGCUGACCAAGGCACUGGUGACACUGAGGCAUGCUCAGAACAGGCAGUGUCGCCACGUGUUCCGGGGUGUGCAUGAUGUCCAGUUCCAGGCACGGCGUGGUCAGAGGGUCCGGUUUGGUCAGUUCACAUCGACGUCGCUGAGCAAAGAGAUUGCCCAGAAAUACGGGACGGACACCAUGUUCGAUGUUCACACUUGUCAUGGUGUGGACAUCCAGGCUUUUUCCUUCUAUCUGAGCAACCGAGAAGUGCUGAUCCCUCCAUACGAAACCUUCAAGGUCACCAAAGUCACCCGGAAUGGGAAGAGGGCAUGGAUCAGUCUCCGUUCCACCGGGACCUUCAGCAAACACAACUGCGCGUGGCUGUGGGAGCAUCCCCAUGGCCCCUUUGCAACUCAGAGGAUGCCUCCAGGCCACCCUGGGAGCAUCCCCAUGGCCCCUUUGCAACUCAGAGGAUGCCUCCAGGCCACCGUUGUCCUGGCAGUGGCCACCAGGAUCCUCUGGACACCAAGCCACCAAGGCCACCAGAGUCACUGUGGUCACUGUGGCAACCACGGCCACCAUGAUCAUCAAGACUCCCUCAGCCACAAGGCCACACAGCUACCCUGGCCAGGAGACACAUCAGGAGUGCUGUGUCCAGUUGUGUCCAUUGCAAUGUCCAUUUACGGGCUGCUCUAG